CUCCCUUCCAGCCAAAGUCUCGGGUUGACUUGCCUGUACAGAGCUCCAAGUCGACGACGAGGGACGCAUGGUGCGAUUCGGCAUCGCCGACUCCCCAGCACGCCAUUCUCUCAAUCCAGCUGGAUGAUGAGUCUAUAAAAUUGGGGAAACUCCCCGGCAUUGGGAUAGCUUUUCAUCAUCAACAACAACAACAACAGCUUCCAUCUCAUCCUCUUGACUAGUCAAAUCUACUCUCUUCAGACACCUUUCGUCUACCACAGCAUCCUCACUUCUUCACCAUGCCUAUCUCCAAGGGAAACACCAUCACCAUCCCCACCCAGUUCCUCGGCGGCGCUGAGGGCAAGAAGAUCACCGUCCGGUGGCAGCAGACCUUUCGCGACCGCCACGAGGACUACUGGAUCUGCAAGUGGACCAACAAGACCACCCCCGGUGACCAGGGCGUUAUCUUCGUGCAGGCCAGCAAGCUCGAGCAGCUGAAGUCGCGCAAGGUCGACGGCGACGACCUCACCGUCGUCGUCAGCGACGAGUUCCAGUACGGCCAGAAGAAGGACCAGACCAACCGCUUUCUGGUCUACCACGACAAGUCCAACAAGCCCUAUCAGCACCGCUUCAUGGAGAACACCCUGACCUCCCUGGGUUCCAAGGGCGCCGACUUCGUCAUCAGCCUCGGAUACUCCGACGUCUCCAAGGUCGAGGACAUUCUCAAGCACUUUAUCGGUGACUACCUCAAGGACUUUUAGAGGCCGCGCAUUGGUGGAUUGUCUGGUGGAGGAGAUGGAUAAGGGAUGUUCAAGGAUGCUUUGGCAUGUUUGAGUUUGCGAUCGAUCGUUUAUGAGUGUUUAUUUUGGGCCUUGUUUUAGUUAUAAGUUUGUGUUUUUGUCGAUUUAUGUCUUUUGCUCUGCAGAGUCGCGAGUUUAUAUUUUUGAAUGGCACAG